UAGAAACAAUAAAUAAAGAGUGACUCUCAAAGCACGUGCCUUAAAUUCUUUUUAAUUUGUUUUAUUACUCUUCAAGAACUUUGACCGGAGAGAUAGAUAUUGCCGCAACCAUAAAUAUAAAAACCGGCGUAAUUACUCGUACACUCUCAGCAUUUUCUCAUUCAUUUAAUUAUGGCGGUGUUCUCUGCAAAUGUUGUCGAUUAUUUUUCAUUUAAAAAUGGGCCACGAACACGUCAUGUUUAAAUAGUAUACAUUUAUAAACAUUUCUUAGUCCAAAAACAAUAAUUAAACAAUAAAUAGAGAACAAAGUAUUGCAAAAUUUGUAUUACUUUAAUGUAAUAAAAACAAAAAGAGACAGACGUGUAGUGUAGAUUAACCAAAAGUUUACUAAACAAAGCAAUAUUAUACUAUAUUUGAACAUUAACUGGCAUUAACUGAUCACAUUAACUGUCAUAAUGGGAUACGACGAUGUUCUGGCAUAUUUGGGUGAUUUUGGAAAAUAUCAAAAAAUUAUAUAUUUUCUUAUCUGCCUAACAUCUAUAUCUUGUGCAUUUCAUAAACUUGCCGGUGUCUUCCUGUUAGCUAAACCGGAUUUCCGUUGCGUGCUCCCAUUCGAGAAUUCAACAGACCAAACGAAAGUAGAGUAUGAUCUACCAGAAAGUGUUUGGAAAUUGGCGUAUCCAAAAGAUUUGCUGGGUGUAAACUAUCAACCAUGUUCAUAUUUCAAUGUAGAGUACACAUCGGAAUAUUUAAAUCGAAGUGAACCGAUCCCUGCAGCUGAAACCGUGGAGUGUACACAAUUUGUCUAUGAUACGACAAAGUACUUGAAUAGUGCUGUCACCGAAUGGGAUAUGGUAUGCGGCCGAAGUUUCUUAACAGCCACUAGUGAUGCCGUCUUCAUGUUGGGAGUUUUGGUGGGCAGUAUUGUCUUUGGUCAGAUGUCUGAUAAAUAUGGUAGAAAACCUAUAUUUUUCGCGUCGCUGGUAAUUCAGGUGAUAUUUGGAGUAUUGGCUGGUGUAGCUCCAGAAUAUAUAACAUAUACAGCGUCACGCUUUGUAGUGGGUGCCACCACAUCUGGUGUGUUCUUGGUAGCUUAUGUUAUUGCCAUGGAGAUGGUGGGUCCCAGUAAGCGACUGUUUGCUGGUAUCUUUGUUAUGAUGUUUUUCUCGGUGGGUUUCAUGUUGACCGCUUUAUUUGCAUACUUUGUUCAUGAUUGGCGUUGGCUGCAGAUUGCUUUAACAUUGCCCGGUUUAUUAUUCAUGAGCUAUUAUUGGAUUAUACCAGAAUCGGCACGUUGGCUUUUGUCGAAAAACCGAAAAGAAGCUGCAAUAGCAAAUAUACAAAAAGCGGCUCGUUUUAAUAAGGUGACGAUUCCCCUGGAUGUACUAAAUCAGUUACUGGAUGAUAAUACUGAAGAAAAGAAACCCGAACCCGAAGAGACCGAAGUAAAGCAGCCAAGUGUACUGGAUCUCUUACGUUAUCCCAAUUUAAGAAAGAAGACUUUAUUGAUAUUUUUCGAUUGGUUUGUUAAUAGUGGCACGUACUAUGGUCUUUCGUGGAACACGAACAAUCUCGGCGAUAAUGUGCUGCUUAAUUUUGUGAUCUCAGGAGCUGUAGAGAUUCCAGCUUACCUAUUCCUAUUAUUCACACUUAAUAAAUGGGGACGUCGUUCGAUAUUGUGUGGCUGUAUGCUUGCUGCUGGCACAAGUUUACUGCUCACAAUAAUCGUUCCCAGUGAUAUGAAUUGGAUGGUUAUUGCGUUUGCUAUGAUAGGCAAAUUGGCAAUAACAGCAUCAUAUGGCACCAUUUACAUAUUUUCUGCCGAACAGUUUCCAACAGUGGUACGCAAUGUUGGUUUGGGAGCUUCUUCAAUGGUUGCCCGUAUCGGAGGCAUUUUAGCGCCAUUCUUUAAUAUGUUGGCCGAUAUUUGGAGACCGCUGCCACUAAUUAUAUUUGGUGCAAUGGCAUUUGUGGGCGGUUUACUUUCGCUUCUUCUGCCGGAGACCCACGAUAAACCAACACUGGAGACCAUAGCCGAUGGUGAAGAGUUUGGCAAGGCGAGCAAGUCUGCAGACUAUGUGUUAGAAAAUGGCAAAGAACUUAAAAGUUUAGACAAAUCGGAAACCCUUCCUCUAAAAUCCACAACUAACGAUCAAAAUAGUAAAAGCUAAUUACACGUUAAAUUUAUUUACAUACAUAUAUAUUUUUAUUAUUAAAAGUUGUAGUGCAAAUUUCGCCUUCAGCUUGAAGAUGUAUACCAAAUAAAUAAAAUGUGUGUAUGCACGUAUAAAAUAAGAAACUAAAGAAAAAUUUAUUAAAUUAAA